GCUAGGGCCCGCCUACCGCGGCCGCCAGGGUGGGUGGGUGAGUGAGCUGUGUCUGGCGGCGGCGGGGAGCGGACGGUGCAGGCCGUGCCGCCACAGCGGGUAACGGAGCUUGGCACGGGGCAGCGGGGCCGCGCCUGUCUGCGCCUCAUCGGAACCAGCGGCCUCCGGGAGGCGGGAGGCUCCGGGCCGACAGGGUGUGAGAGCGCUGGGUUAGGCGGGAGGCAGGGCCUGGCCCGCUGUCACCGCGCGGUGCCCUCCCGAGUGGAGGGGCGGAGGGAUCACGCGUUGCUUGUGUCGCGUAUUCGGGCUGCAGGGACUUGGCGUCGGCACCGGGAAACAGACGAGUCGGUGUGUGACCUUACGGGCUGCUUCGCUUUGCAAGAAGACGGCUACACCUAUGGGACUGCUGCAAAGCUGCCUCCUCCUUUACCUUACCUGCUCUUCGCCCGCGGAUCCUGCGCACGUGGAGCGGUUCCUGGUAGCGGAGCUCGCUUAUCAGCGCUCCCAAAGCUUCAAAGAGGCUUCAUCCCUGCGAUCUGCAAGACAGAAUUACUCUGAACGAUCCCUGCCGGAGCUUUGAGACGGGAGAAAAGAAAUCCCGUGUUUUCAUCGCUUGUCCAGCUUCACGGAAUUAUCGCCUCCAAUCCUGAUAGAAGAGCGCUUAGUUCUGUGUAUGGUUCGUUUUGAUGUUUCCAAGUCCUGUGCAACACGUUGAUGUUGGGAUAAGACUUGUUGUAAGUUUGGUUUCAGGAGGCUUUCAGCUGCUUGUGAAACUCGUGGGGGAUAGAACCCAUAAGCUUUCAGGUACAGCUCACUGAAGGCCACAAUGGAACGGUUUGGAGUGAAGUCCACUCCGUCACGUAACCGCUCGAAGACUGCUUUGUAUGUAACUCCUCAGGAUCGGGUAACUGAGUUUGGCAGCGAGCUGCAUGAAGACGGCGGAAAACUCUUUUGCACUUCCUGCAACGUGGUUCUGAAUCAUGUCCGCAAAUCGGCAAUCAAUGACCACCUCAAGUCAAAAACACAUACGAAGCGGAAGGCGGAGUUUGAAGAACAGAACGUCAGGAAGAAGCAGAGGACUCUGACUGCCUCCCUUCAGUGCAACAGCACUGCUCAGACAGAGAAAACCAGCGUCAUCCAGGACUUUGUGAAAAUGUGCCUGGAAGCCAAUAUUCCGCUUGAGAAGGCUGAUCAUCCUUCUGUGCGAGCCUUUCUGUCUCGCUACGUCAAGAACGGAAGUUCGAUACCUAAGUCGGAGCAGCUAAGGAAAGCAUACCUGCCCGAUGGGUAUGACAAUGAGAACCAACUCAUCAAUACUGAAGAUCGCUGAGAAGAAAACUGUUUUAAUCAUCGUUGUGAAGUUUUAUUGAUGGUGUGGUUUAUUUUUAUAUUCAUGCAUAUAUACAGUGUUACAUAUUGGUUUUACAAGCUAUUUUGUAUUGUAGAAAUGACAAUCUAUUUGUGAACUAAGCGCUAUGCCGGAGACUGUCGCUAACCCUGCGGUUGACUCGAGAGCUGCUUUGAUGUAGGACUCACACUGAGUGCAGGGAACAUGCCUGGCGUAUGGCCCAUCUGCGUUCAGUCCAGCUGUAACUGACGCUAAGAAAGAGGCACUUGGGUGGAGAACCUCCCUUACCUUUGUGCAUCUGAAUACACAAAGACAACGAUGCAGUAGGAAUUGGUCAUCGUGUCAGUGGAUUGCUUUGUCCAGAAUCUUGUCCGUGAGCGACCAAGAAGUACUGCACGUUAGAAGUGGAAGAGGCUGUAGAAUGGUUAGUUUAACAUGAGUGAUCUGUUGGGGAGGAUGAUUGCAGUUUCCUAAUCAAGUUGGUUUAUUUUUUGAAAGAGAAAACAUUUUUCUUCUAGAGUACUCUAAUCCUAUUUGAUGCAACUGUGGAUGCACUCGUUACCUAGCCUAAAUAGGUGGCCUUUUCUACCAACCUUUGAACUCCACUAUUCUUAUAAAACCAAAAGUUCUGAAGAUUUGCUAUGCCUGGUUUUUUUAAUCUCCAUAUCCUUUUCUUGGGUUAAAACGUUCCCUCCAGUUUCAGUGCCAAACUUUGAAAGCUGAGUGGACAAACUAAUAAUUACGUGUGGUUUACAGCACAGCUGCUUGCAAAUGAAUCUUACACUGGACCAAGAUCAUAGUAGUAGGGGGAAAUAAUGCCUAUUUCUCACAACAAGAAAAAAGAUGCUGAAUUUAAACUGGAGGUGGAGAAGGAACAAAAUAGUGGAGUUGAGCAAGCUUUUCACAGCAUGCAGGGGAAGAUAUCUCCCAUCUCUCCCUGCAGGUCCUUUACUUCUCGCCUCAGCCUUUUAGUCAGAGGAGGUAAAAUGAUUAAAAUACUUUUCAAAAUGGUUCUUGCAAAGGCUAUUCAAUAUUUGUAAGAACAGCUAGGAAAGCCUGUAUACUUCAAAGCUGUAAUGGAAUUACACCACUGGUGUGAUUCUUACUCUGUGCCAAGAUGCCAUCUAUUGAACUGACAAGUUAAAUGUAAGUUAAAGAAGUUCAGUCAUGUUGCUCUCUCCCAAAUCUAGUAAACUGUUACUAAACUAAUCCAAAUUAUUAUGCCAAAUAGUCAACUUGAUGCAAGUGUUGCUCUAUCAUGUUUUUCAUGGAGUGGUGGAGCAUUGUAAAAAGAGCUUGAUUUUCUUCAGAUGUUCUGAAUUUAAGGAGGUAUCAAGCGUUUCCUAAGUUGCAUAGAAAUGCUCCACUCAAUGGAUAUAGUGAUGCAAGCAUGCUUUAACUCCCUCAGGAGGAGCCAGUUUUUUGUUCAUCUUCCUUUCCCUGUAAAGUUUGACAAUAUCGCAUUAUUUCUUCUAUUCAGGAUACUUACAGCAAUACUACGUAUUUGCUAAAAGACUGAGUAGCCUCCUUAUUUUGUUUCUGUGGCUAACUUCUAGAGAAGAGUCUCUCUUGCUGGAUUAAAAGAGAUUUACAUACUUAGUAACAACUGCUUUUUUGUGCAAUUCCUGCAGAAAUGCAGUUUAUGUUACAACAGUGUCUUCUAGCCUUCUGCUAUGGAAAGUGCUUGAAUAAAUGGACAAAAGCAAAAAGCAGAAGGCAUGUGCCAGUACAUGGGUACUCAGUACAUUGCUGCACUAUUGGUCCCUGUCGAAGCUAGUGGGGUUUCACGCAGGUGUAGCAGUCCUGUCAGUGAUAUUAGUUUCUGGUGUAGAACUUCAGACAAAUAACAUAACAAUGGUUUGGUUUUGUUUUCCUCUAAUCCUGUAUAUCAAAAUUUGCCUUCCCAAAUACUCACUAUUGCAAGAGCUUGGGUUUUGCUUAAGCUCAUGAACUGCCUUGGGCUAGAACUGUUUUAUAAAUCUUCUAAAGCCAAGUGGAAGGUACACUGCCAAGAGCCUUUUCUAUCCUGACCAUAACAGAACGUGGGGUUUUUGUUUGUUUGCUUGUCAUGGUUUUUCUGAGUGUUUUUUUGUUUGUUUUACAGCUGCUGUCUUAUUUCAGUGAAAUGAAAAAUCAAAACAUAUGGUAAUAUUAAGUAUAAUCUUGCACAGCAAAACAGAGAAAACCUUGAAAAUGAAAGUUAGCGAUAGUUACAGCUUUUGUUUAAGAGCAGCCACUCAUUCAUUAAGGCAAAGCGCCCAGCCUAUCAAAAGUUUACUUUCUACUUAAGAAGCAGCCUGAAUUUAGGCUCUUUGUGCAGAAUUAACACAGUUCUGUGACUAUCUUUUGUAUCUUCAGUAUCAAGUAUCAAUCUAUUUUUAAUGCAGAAUUACUGCAGAGGGUAUGAGCCUGGUGAGGAUCCCUUUCAGUGUGAUCAUACCGUAACCGACUUGCAACAAAAAGGUGACCAUCAGGAUUUUGAUUGGAACUGGCUGAAUUCCAACGCUCAGCAAUCUGUAAGACAGUGAUGUCUUAAUAAUAGGAUUCUUAUAAUUAAGAAAAAAAGUUUUUUUCUGAAACUUUAUGAAAUCAAAAUCAACAUUGCAACUGAAGGUAAAACAAUGGAAAAACAAAAACACUUCCAGGUACCUAAAAAGAAUAAGAAGUUUGUAUUUAUGGACAUAGCCCAGAUCACAAACAAGACAUUUACAGUUGUUUUCUUUUAAAGUAAAAAUGGUUCCACUAAGUCUUGGAAUCAAGUCCUGCAAGCAGUCAAGUUUGUACCAUAAUUUUGCUGUUGUGGCCAUAGUUGGACAAAAAAUAUCCUUGUUUUAAUUGCUAUCGAUUUUAAGGAAGAUUUACAGCAGAGGUUUUCUGGUAUUUCUAAAACUAAGUAAUAACAAAUUCCUGGAACAUGGGCUGUGGUUGCGUUGUUUAGCAGUCUCUAUGGGGUUUUGCAUUUUUUUUAAUCAUUUUUUUUUCCUCUUGCAGGAACACUGCAUAUUUUUUUUUUAGCAGUACAUUUGAAAUUACAUGUCAUUUAAAAAAGAAUGUACUUUGACCAUUUCCGUACAUUAGCUUAGCCAGUUCACAACUAAGAUGACUCUGAAACGCAUUUCUUAGAACACUUUCAAAGAGUAAAAUACUGGACAAAAGGAAUAUUCUCUGUUCUGUGAACUACAUAUAUACACCACAUGAGUUUCAACUUGCAUGUUCUUGAAAAACAUGAGCCAUAGUAUUUUUUAAGAAUUUUCAAGCCUUUAAUUUGGCAGGUCCUUAUAGGGAACGAAACACAGGAUAUAAUGAAAGGGAAAGUGGUUUUUCAACUGAGAGAGAAACUUGGUUUUGCAAAGUAUGGGAUAUUCUCAUGAUAGAAGGACUAUUUUUAGUUAGAGCCCCUUUUAUCAAUUCUGUUGAACCGAAUGACGCCAUGCUCCCCAUUAAGUUUUGCAGCAUCAUGAGGGUUUUGGGGAGGGGGGAAAAAAGAAAAGCUGGAAGUUUGGUAAGGGUUAUCUCUACUUGUAUUUACAUAUGAAGAGAGGCAAGACUCACCACUGUUGUGUUCACAUUGUACUCACUGCUAACUUCUUGUGUAAUUUGAGUGCUUGUUGUCUUUGUACAAUUUUAAGAUUGUAUCUAACUUUCAAAAUAAAUUUUUUUUCUAAACAAAGA